AUGGUCGAAACGGCGAUCCGCACUUGCGGGCACCGACAAAGCAACCACAAGGCGGGCAAGAACCCCUGGUGGAACGAAGAGUGCACAAACAGCUUACUUGACUUCCGGGUUCUUUGGCGCACAGCUGAGAACCCUACGGGAGCGGAAACGCAGCGCGCGCGUAUCUGUUUCAAACGAACAGUUCGCCGCGUGAAGCGAGAUUUCUGGCGAGGGAUCAUAUCGAACAUUACAGCACCGGACGAUGUCUAUAAAGCCACGCACUGGCUAAAGCCUCGGCAGCGGAUAUCCCCGCCUCCCAUUCAGGUAGGCGAGCGGAUCUUCUCUACGAAUAAGGACAGAGCACGAGCCCUGGGUCAAGCCAAACUCAAGCGGCGCACAGCCAAUGACGAUAUAGAGGAUCCCUGGUCUGCACCUGCCUCACCAGUAACCUCAAUUCCUUUCGACCACAAGAUCUCAUAUGAGGAGGCUCGUUUCGGACUUCUCAGCGCCGGUAACACCUCACCAGGCGCUGACGGCAUCACGGUACACAUGCUACGAGACCUGUGGCCAAUAAUAGGCCACCUCGUUACGGGCAUCUACAACGCGUGCUUGCAGCAGGGUUAUUGCUCAAGCGCAUGGCGCACGGCUGAGGUAGUGAUGAUACCGAAGCCAAAUAAACGCGACCUCACAAAUCCAUCGGCAUGGCGGCCCAUCUCCCUACUCUCUUGCCUCAGCAAAGGAAUGGAGCGCAUCAUCGCCAAACGGAUGCCAUACCUGGCCAUCAAGCACAAGAUACUACACCCGAACCAAGCUGGUGCAUUACCACAGCGGAGUGCCACCGACAUCGCUGCUGCACUCACACAUGAUGUGGAGCAGACACGCCGCGGAAAGAAAAAGAAAGUCGCCACGCUGGUGACAAUGGACGUAGAGGGAGCUUUUGAUGCCAUUCUGCGGAAUAGGCUAAUACUCCAGCUUCGCAAGCAAGGCUGGCCAGACUUUCUUGUCCGCUGGCUCGUCAUGUUCCUUACACAUAGGCUAGCCAGCGUCCGCUUUGAGGACGCCAUCGUGGAAGCGCUGGAGCUCAUUUGUGGCAUCCCACAAGGCUCCCCCCUCUCGCCAAUUCUCUACCUACUGGCGACGGCGGCGCUGUACUUUCUCCCUGGCGCUACCCAGCGGUAUGGAUAUGCAGACGAUACCGCGAUGCUCUUUGUGGGCGACACGCUGGAAGAAACCAUCUCCCAAGCAAACGUCGCAAUCGCUGCACUAGAAGAAUGGGGGCGAAGAGAAGGCUUCGCUUUAGCUCUACGUUGGCUUGGUAUCUGGUUUGACGCACGCCUGAACUUUACCAUCCACAUCACGAAGUGGGCAGCGAAAGCCAACAGCGUCAUCUUCCACCUGCGAGGCAUGAGCAACACCGUUCGCGGAAUCUCGGCUGCUGCGGCUAGGAAGGCCGCUUGGGCAGUGGUGAUGCCAACUCUCUUCUACGGGGUAGAUGUGUGGUACCCUGGCGCAGAACGAACACUGAAAGGGCAUCUUGCGAUCAUCCAGAAAACACUAACAGCGGCCUGUCGGAUGAUUCUACCCUCGUGGAAGACAACACCUAAGACGACGCUGUGGAAGGAAGCCGGCAUCCCGCCAGCAGAGCUGCUCCUACAACAGAUAGCGGCACGUAAUGCGAAUCGAUGGGCACGCCUCGAUGCCCACCACCCGCUUACACGCCGCCUCCUACAGCAGGAGCACGAGAUCCAACACGCCACCCAUCCAGAAUCGGCCACAGUACCCCGGACAGUGACGAAAACUGUCAGGCUCUUUCGCAACGCUGCUCUAGCGCCGACGGCAGAGCGGCCCCGUCUCAACCCUCAGCGCUUCUCCAGCGCUAUCUGGACAGAAGGCGAAAAACACCGCCCGCCAAAAGAACGCCAGGCAGAAAGGAUCCAGAAAUGGAGCCAAGAGGUUUCCGGACUGGCUGUCUUUAGUGAUGGCUCCAAGACAGAACAAGAGACAGCGGGUUUUGGCUAUGCUGUAUAUCGACAGCGACAGCUGAUCGCGCAAGGAUGCGGACAGAUAGGCAAGGGCGAGGUGUUUGAUGCAGAGAUCAGAGGCGCCCUGGAAGGCCUCCGCGCUGCCCUUGCGCAUCGACGCCGAGGGGAAGGAAUCACGGUGUGUAUUGAUAACACCUCUGUUAUCGACUGCAUAGGCGCGACGGCGCCGCCAUCAUCGCAGAUGGCGUUCCGCACGUUCCAGAAGACAGGCGAUGCUCACACAGGCAUAAUCCGUGUGCGAUGGUGCCCAGGGCACACUGGGAUCGAGGGUAACGAGCUGGCCGACCAGCUUGCCAAAGAAGGUGCACCUCUGGGCACACCCCGUCACGCUAGUCGGAACGGCGGCUCGAUCAUCCGUAGAGCAUAG